AGUUGGACAUUGGCCUCCGUAAGACGAAGAGUCAGGGAAAAAGAGCCGCAGGGUGCAGGAGAGCACGAGCACGGCCGCCUCCUUGGAUUUCUUCUCAACGAUCCACAGAACGGGCGACAGGAUGCGACUGUCGACGAUUUUCGAGCUAUUGCUGAUCCUCUUGCUGGUGGCAUUUGCAGCUUAUGGUCGAGUAAUCGAUCGCGAUGAUAAGACACAUCGGGUGGCUCGCGCCGCGGAUAACACGAAGCAGAAUGGCAUGGACCUAUCGACGAUGUCAUUGAAACAGGCGACCGAUAGUGUGAACCGAUACUGCACCUGUAACGAGAACAUCUGCAAUUGCUGUCGGGACUUUCACAUACCGGUUGUGCAGCUGAAAGGACCAGGAUGUGCCUCCCUGCAAUAUCUACAAGGUGACAAUUUGGCAGUUCAGCUGAGUUUUGGUGACAACAUAUUAACCAGCACGAUCGUUAACGGGAAGAAUCCGAAGCCUGUAUGUGUUCCUCUACCGGGUGGCUUUAGCAAAUUCUGCGGCAGGAUUUAUUCCAUCCAACGUGACGCGAAGAAUCACUUCAAAGCUUGUCUCGGUCUGGAACUGCAAUCAUCUACCGAACUGGAAGCUAGUCUUCGCGUCAGUUGCUUCAGGUUUGGUCCAGAAGGUUUGAAGCUUCGACCAGCCGAGCCACUUCCGGUUAUCGAGGCGGAAUCCGUCGAGGAAGAUGAUGAUGAUGAUGAUUUCUUCGGACUUGGCUCCGACGAUGAUGACGAUGAUGACGAUGACGAAGAUGACGAAAGACCUUCCCUCAAUUCCGUCACGGAUGCUUCGGCAGUCAAUGACGCGCAAGAGUCGGAUGACGAUGACGACGACGAUGACCUUUUAGGUUUUAGCGCUCUGAUAGAUAUCUUCACCGGUGACGACGAAACCGCCACGAAGAGACCUAAAGUUACCACUGCGGCGCCAUUGUUGGAAUUUACUAUACCGAUUUUAUCAAAGCCAACGACGCCGGCAUCACUGGACGAUCACGAACUGCCUACUUUCCCCAACAACGAGUCGGAAAAUGACGACGAGGAACACGAAGGCACUCAGGAACCCGGUAAAGUGGUAGACGAGGAAAGUACGGGAUCGACUGAGAGCAACACGGAAAAUAACACUGAUGAGAAUCAAGAUCAAGUCACGGAGGCCUCUAAUAAAGUCACGUAUCUUGCGAAGCCUAACAAGGCGACCACCAAUAAAGUAAAGAAGGGAAUUAUUGGACAGAAGAAACCCAGCGUGACGUCGACUAGCGUCAAUGCCAUCCAUGAUCCCGAGAAACCAGCAAAGAAACCCAUCAAGGACGAGUAUGAUGAAGACGUUGAUGACGAUGAUAUUUUGGGCGAUGACGACGAUGAGGAUGACGACGACGACGAUGAUGAAGUACUUGACGACGAUGACGAAGACAAGAAUGAUGUAUACGAAGACGAUGAAGAUAAACCAGAUGAUGAAAAGCACACAGAGCAUUAUGAUGAUGGUGAUGACGAUGAUGAGAAGGCUGAGGAUCUUGCUGAAUUGGACGACGAUGACGAUGAUGACGAAGAAGAAGAUGCCAUGUUGAGUGCUCUUAUGGAUACAGGGAAAAAUAAAAAAAAUAAAAGGAAUACGACGAGUCAGACUAACGCCGAUAAACACGACGAGGAUUACAGCGGUGAAUUGGACUUUCUGGCCAGAAAGCAUCCCGAUGGGAAUCGUCAAAGCAAACUCACAAGGCUUUAAAAUGUGCAGAACUCCAGUCAAUAGGAUAAUUGAAAGAGAAUCGAAAAAAGCUGUUUUUUUUUAUCUGACCGUAAAUUCGCUGUUUCGAUAAAACUUAAGGCGUUUUGUCGAAUCAACGGAGUAUUCGUCAAAAAUUCGGUAGAUUAAUACAAUUGUGA